AUGCUGAUAACGAGACCUGUUGCGGCUGAGGUUGUUGCUGUCGUGCUGGCGGCUGCAUCUCAAGUGUUGCGGCGGCGGCUGACGAGGUUGGCGGGACUGCUGCAAAUCGACGUGGGUUUUGCUAAGCAUUCGGCCGUUGGAUCGGCAGAUUCGGUGCACUAUUCUGCUCAGUGGACAGCUAAGUUUGGGUCGACUGGACGGACUCCCGGAAAUGGUUCGACUGAGUCAGACUAUUCUGCUGCUGUAGAGUGUGCUUGUAACGGGGCACCCUGA